GGGCCCCAAAAGCCAAAAUCAGCUCAUAGUUAUACGCCCAAUCUAUAUAUAGGCUUGCAAAACCCUAACCCUAAAUUUUUCUCUCCCUCGCGUGCAACUGUAGGAAGGUCAUUCUCUCCCGGAAUAGUGCGAACUCUUCUGAAAAUCAGCAAUGGGUAAGGUUCACGGAUCUUUGGCUCGUGCCGGUAAGGUGAGAGGGCAGACCCCGAAGGUGGCCAAGCAGGAUAAGAAGAAGAAGCCCCGUGGUCGCGCUCACAAGCGCAUGCAAUACAAUCGCCGAUUCGUCACUGCCGUGGUUGGCUUUGGGAAGAAGAGGGGACCAAACUCUUCAGAGAAGUAAACCUUGAUAAGAUGAGCUCUGAGGGUGCAUGCUAGUUGGAUCUUCCCAUGAAUGGACGUUUUGAAUAUAAAAUGCUAUUGGCAAUGUCUACAUCUCAUUCCUAUUGCAUUUUCUUCCCCGCUUUUUUGGGACUGAACUAUUUUAUAAUUGUGCCUUUUAUUUCUUAGAGACAAGUAGCCUGUGGUCAUACAUGUUUAUGUUUAAGUUUAAUCUGCGUUUGGAUUCUUAAUUAUGUUAUGCUUAGUAUUUUGAACAAA